GAACUGUUCGGAUUCGAUUAGAGAGCGAGGGGAGUUGGUGGAGGAAUCCUCGAUUUUUCAGUCGAUGGGGUGAAGAGUCGAUAGAAAACAUCGAUUAAAAAUAUAAAUUUCAAAGAAAAUAUCAAAAAUAGCUCUUCGUUGAAUCCUCAAACAUGAAAAAAACCAAAUGAAGAGUCGAUAAAAUCCGUUGCAUACAGAACAGCAUCGAUAUAUCGCAGAUAAGCGUAUUAACAGCGAAAACAUCGAUUGAAGACAGGCCCAUUUUUUUUAAUGCUUCAUAUUUUCACGUGUACAAAAAAACGCAAAUACAUCGAUAUAUUUCGAUAUUGACAUUGAAGCACGGAUUAUCGUAGCCUGAAUAUCGAUAUCCCUGACUCAUUGAUGUAUCGAGCUCCCCAGUACGUUGACACGUGAUUGGUCGGCUUUCUUGAGGCCGUUAGAGGGGGAACUAGUGGAGAACGACAUGUUGAGGGGAUGGGAGGUAGUGUGAGCGCACGUAGAUCUUCCUGGAAGUCGUAAACAAUUGUUGGUGGCAUUACCUGGGGAUUAAAGGGUUGAGGGGCGUGUGAGAGCUUGAUUUUUAUGGUCCUGAACUUUAUCGUUCACGCAGGAGAAAGGAGAUUGUGGGGAAUGAGGUGACGACAUUGAGAGUUUUUUGGAGAAACAUGGACGACCCGGGGAUCAAAGGGGUCACGAUGAUGCCGCACCAUGUGCAGCAGGAGCUCUGCAGGACGAGAUCAUCUUACAGACAGGGAAAGAGACUCACCGCGGUUAAGGUAGCAUUGUUUACACAAUCAAUGAUGAAUCCAUGCAUUUAAUAGUAUGUGGAGUACCUAAAAUAAAUCUAAUUGAAGAACUCAAGAAGUUGCUAUCACCUUACGGUGAAGUUAAAAAAUGUGAAUUACUCAUUGAGUAUCCUGUUGAAGAAUUCACUGAGAGCUUCCACGUUCAGUUCGAGAGAAUCCAGAGUGCCAGAAUUGCAAAACGAUUGGUCGACAACAAGAACUUUUAUGGAGGAGUUCUGCACGUGUGCUAUGCUCCGGAGCUGGAAAGUAUUGCUGAAACACGGAGGAAGUUGAUUCAAAGGCAGAAAGAUGUUAUCGUGAGGAUCAGAAGACAUGAGGAAGAUCCUACGAGUGUGGAAAAGGAUCAGUUUGUCCCUAGAGAACAGUAUCACAGACAGAAGAAAUACCCAGCUCUUCCUCUCACAGAUGAGAGGCUGUCUCAUCAGUACCCUAACGAGUCGUUUACCUCCAUAAACGAUGGAAUUCCAAGGACGAUAGACCCUCGACCAGUCUCUGAGCCUAGUCUGCCCCCCAACAAAAGGAUGAAAUCAGAAAAGCAAAUGAAAAAGAAAGGACACGUUAGGGCUAACGUCAGACUAGUUCGACCAAAAUUAAUUGAUACAAAGAAGUUGCCCCACUUCGAGUCCCUCGGACCGGAGAAAAAAAUCUUUCCAGUUGUGAAGAAAGUGGACAGGGGAAUAACAAUUAAAUUACUACCCCAUUCCGAUGACAAAAGAAACCGAAUUGUGAUGAAACAAGCCAGUACAACUAAAUUGGUGAACUCCAGUGAUGAUCUCCGAGCUUCAAUCACCUCAGUAAAGUCAUCAAUUCGCCAAGCAAUGCAGAAAAAUUAAUCCAAUUAUUUUAUCAAAAAUUUUUUACACUCAUUUAUUCAAAAGACAGAAAAUAAAAACAAAAUCCUCCCCUAAGCAUACGAGGACUGCAUUAAAAGUA